AACACGAGAUUAUAAGACAAAAGUUUGUUACGACUGUUGACAAAGAAAAAAAAAAAGAGGAAUCAAGGUGAAGUCAGUCAUAGAUUUGUUCGAAUCGGAUAAGAAAAGAACAUCUCGACGAAGAAGACGAUCCCAUCCAAAACUUCCGUUGAGUUUCACGGAGAAGAUCCGAUCCACGCUGUGAACAAAUUCAGGAGCUUGAAAAAUUUUUUGUUAUGAAUCCAAUGAGUGAAGAAGAUAAUCAGAAGCUGCUACACCAAGGAAGCGGCACUAUUCCUGCUCUUGCGGAUGAAGAGCUGAUGGGAGAUGAUGAUGACUACGAUGAUCUCUAUAGCGAUGUUAAUGUUGGUGAGGGUUUCUUCCAAGCUCAUCAUCAGCCUCAGCCACCAGCUCAAGUCAGUGGAGGCUUUCAAGCUCAGAGUAGUAAUGUUGCCGAACCUAGAAUGGCAGGAGGUGCAGUUAAAGGGAAGUAUGAGGGCCAUAGUGGAAUCAAUGGACCGGAAACAACACAGGGAUCUUCGUUUGGCGCAAAAGGGAUGAAUGGUGAUGUCCGAGUCAAUAAAGUUGUUCCACAAGGAUCAACAACAUCUAUUGUGUUAAACAGCCAUGGUUAUUCAGGGAAUGCUGUUAAUGUCCCUGAGCCGCCGGUGCCUCAAGGAGCUCAGCAGAUUCCUGUUAGUCAGAUGAAUGUGAAUCCAAAUCCUAUGGUGAACAGAAGAAGCCCCACGCAGCCGUUUGUUGUGGACAAUGGGAACACUAUGGUUUUCGUUGGAGAGUUGCAGUGGUGGACGACGGAUGCAGAGGUUGAGAGUGUUCUUUCUCAGUACGGAAGAGUCAAAGAGAUCAAGUUUUUCGACGAGAGAGUGAGUGGCAAAUCCAAAGGGUAUUGUCAGGUUGAGUUCUAUGAUUCAGCUGCUGCAGCCGCUUGCAAGGAAGGAAUGAAUGGUUUUGUUUUCAAUGGUAAAGCAUGUGUUGUAGCUUUUACUUCUCCUGAAACGCUGAAGCAGAUGGGAGCUAACUUCACUGGGAGGAACCAAGGACAAAACCAAAUUCAAAACAGAAGGCCGUUGAAUGAGGGAAUGGGAAGAGGUAACAACAACAACAACAUGAAUACUCAAAAUGGAGACGGUGGAAGAAACUACGGGAGAGGUGGAUUUGCUCGCGGUGGCCAAGGAAUGGGAAACCGUGGAGGUCAAUGGGGUGGUGCAAUGAGAGCUAGAGGGAUAAACAACAUGGCUAACGGUCCCGGGGCUGGACCGUAUGGCCCAUCGUUUGGUGGUAUGAUGCAUCCACAGGGUAUGAUAGGAGCUGGUGGGUUUGAUCCUUCAUUCAUGGGUCGAGGUAAUGGUUAUGGAGGGUUUCCAGGUCUUGCUUACCCUGGUGGGAUGCCUCAUUCUUAUCCCGGUGUCAAUGCAAUGGGAAUGGUUGGGAUCGCUCCUCAUGUGAACCCCGCCUUCUUUGGCACGGGAAUGGGAGCGAUGGGUAGCUCGGGGAUGAAUGGAGGUCAUGCAGGAGCGAUGUGGAACGAAGCUAGUGGUGGUGGUGGUGAAGAGGGUGGUUCUGAAUAUGGUGGCUAUGAAGAUGAAAACAAAGAGAAAGAAGAUAAUAAGCCAUCACGAGACAAAGAAAGGGCAACAACCACAGAACGUGACUGGUCUGUGAGCAGUGGUGAUAGAAGUAGGCACAAGAGUCACCGUGAUGAGAAAGAUAGUCACCGUGAGUAUAAGCCACACAGAGACCGUGACGAGAAAGAUAGUCACCGUGAGUAUAAGCAGCACAGAGAUCGUGGUUCUGAAGAGUUGGAUAGAGGACGACAAUCUUCUUCGAAAUCUAGAAGCAGAUCAAGAAUGGCAGAAGAUGAUCAUAGGUCCAGGUCAAGAGAUGCAGACUAUGGAAAGAGAAGACGAGGAGACUGAAACACUAACCUCUGAUUGCUGCAUCUAAGCUAUACUUUAUUUUAAUCCAAGCUAUACUGGUUUAAGUUACUCUUUACUACUUCAAUCAUCAGAUAUUUGAUACAAUGUUUCUCUAUACCUUGUUUGCUGAUAGCCUGUCUUUGGAGAUGAGCAUAUGUAUUUGUAAACUAUGUUUUUAUUAAAGAUUCUUCAUUUGUUAUUGCAA